UGGAAGCCAGAAAAGACAUGGAGAUUAGGACUAGCGAGGAAUCCCUGCAGAAAACUGCACAGACAAACCUAGAUGAGGAGCGCCUCAACCCAGAAGUCCAACGCCAGCAUUUCCGGGAGUUCUGCUACCAGACUACGAAUGUUCCUCGGGCCAUUUGUAGCCAACUCCACCAUCUCUGCUGCCAGUGGCUGAAGCCAGAAAAACACACCAAGGCUGAGAUGCUUGACUUGAUCAUCCUUGAACAAUUCUUGACUGUCCUUCCAGCAAAGAUGGGGAUCUGGGUCAGAGAGUGCAAGCCAGAAUCCACUUCCCAGGCCGUGUCCCUGGCGGAAGGUUUCCUCCUGAGCCAAGAAGCCGAUAAGAAGGAAGAGGAAAGGCAGCUGUGGAGAGUUCAGGAGCCUUCAGAAUUAGCUGCCGCCUUCCCUCAGACAGCCGGAUCCCCCUCCGACACAAGACAGAAGACGCAGGAGAAGGAAGGAGGAGCCCCUUUACCAGGCAUUGAAAAUUUGGUGGGAAUCCACAAUUAUUCAUCUCUUCUUUGUGGAGGAUUGGAAGCAGAAUCUGUGCAACCAGACCAGGAUCCAGUAACCUUCCAGGACGUUGCUGUGUAUUUCUCAGAGGAGGAGUGGACUCUGCUGGAUCCGGGCCAAAAGGCUCUCCACCGGGAAGUCGUGGAGGAGAAUUUGGCCCACCUGGUGUCUUUAGCACCUGAUACAAGAAGGAACAGGAAUGAGAAAGAACAGCUUCAGAUCUGUUUGAAGAGAAUCACCAAGAAGGAGGGGAAACGACAGAAGAGAAAGAAAACUGAAGUGGAACAGAAGAGAAUGAGUGACACCCGUUCUCAGCUUGAAAAGAAAUCCGACAAAAUAUCACGCCGAGGAAGAACAGAGCAAAGCAAUGAAGUUUUUUCCUGCUCUGUGUGCAAGAAAAACCUGAAGUAUGAAGAUAGUUUAAAUACUCUCUGGAAAAAAGGCAUGAGGGAGAAGCCACUUACAUGCUCAGAGUGCCUUUGUGAUAAUCCGUCUGCUCAAACACAUCUGACGGACCGUAGAAAAGAGAAGCCAUUUAGAUGCUUAGAUUGUGGGAAGAGCUUCACCCGGAGCACAAGCCUCUGCUCCCACAUGAGGAUCCACACGGGGGAGAAACCCUUUGAAUGCCUCGAAUGUGGGAAGAAUUUCAGGUACAUCACCAACUACUCUUCCCACAGGAGAGUCCACACCGGGGAGAAACCCUUCGAAUGCGCAGAAUGCGGGAAGUGUUUUGGUCAGAGCCGAUACCUCAAUCCCCACAUGAGAAUCCAUACGGGGGAGAAACCCUUUAAAUGCCUGGAGUGUGGGAAGAGCUUCAGUCAGAGCACAAACCUUGCUUCCCACGUCAGAAUCCACACCGGGGAGAAGCCGUUUGAAUGCCUGGAGUGUGGAAAGAGCUUCAGCCUUCGAAGCACUCUGAGUUCCCAUCAAAGGAUCCACUCAGGAGAGAAACCAUUUAACUGUUUGGAGUGUGGUAAAAGCUUCAGCCACAGUGCCAACCUGACGUUUCAUCAGAAAACCCACACGGGGGAGAAGCCCUUUCGAUGCUUAGAAUGCGGGAAGAGCUUCAGCCACAAUGGAGGCCUGACUUCCCAUAUUAGAAUCCACAGAGGAGAGAAGUUGUUUAAGUGUCAGGAGUGUGGGAAGAGCUACAGUCACAGUUCAAGCCUUAUUUUUCAUCAGAAGGUCCACACUGGAGAGAAACCACUUAAAUGCUUGGAAUGUGGCCAACGUUUCAGUCGGAAUACAGAGCUUAGCACAGACCUUUCACAUAUGAAACCCCGCACAGGGGAUAAACCCUUUGAAUGCUCAUAUUGUGGGAAGAAGAUCAGUCACAGCUCAAAUCUUUCUCGCCAUAUGAAAAUGCAUUUGGGGGAGAAACUGUUUCCCUGCUCGGAGUGUGGAAAGUGCUUCACUCGGAGAGGCAACCUUGCGGACCAUAUGAGAAUCCACACAGGGGAGAAGUCCUUCAAAUGCCCUGAAUGUGGGAAGCUUUACCGACACAGAAGCACCCUCCGUUCCCACAUGAGGAUCCACACAGGGGAGAAACCCUUUAAAUGCGUGCAGUGUGGGAAGAGUUUCCGUCAGGGGGCAACCUUUCACUCUCAUAUGAGAAUCCACACAGAGGAAAAACCUUUUCAGUGCUUCGAGUGCGGGAAGAUGUUCAGCCGGAGCUCGAAUCUUGCCUCUCAUCGGAGGAUCCACACGGGGGAGAAACUCUUUGCGUGCGUGGAAUGCGGAAAGUGCUUCAAACAACGCUCACACCUCAAAUCGCACAGCCGAACCCACAGGGAGAAAGAGGUCCUGCAGACCUUGUUGGAGUGCACAGAGGCCUCCGGGCAUUGAGUACAUUUUAUAAGCCAUCAAAGAAUUCACACAGUUGAGGACGUUGCAGAUAUUUCUCUGUAGACUGGGAACUGCAUGUAUUUGACCUAUAGGGGGAAAAUAUAAAAAAGGUUAGGGUGCAUUUUUUGAAGUUCUCUUAAACAUUCUUCUUAUCUCCCCUUUCCUUUCUUCCCCGAGAACUUCAGAAGAAACACUUUUCUGUUUUGUAAAGGUGCUCCAACUCUGUCAUUCUUUCAUUCUCUUCUCUUUUCCAGUUCAACAGCAUGCUUUCUACAGUGGUUUAAUAAAACUGUGCAGAACAGGUUGAUUUCACUGUUACUCAGUGCUCCAGGGGCCCCCAUGAAAUCAUAGGGCCUUCAGAUAAAUUCUCAUCUAACUUACUUCCAUCAUCAACAAGACUUUUCUGGAGAUGACAAGGUGUGGAGGCCACCCAUGAGCCGGCGCAUCACUUUGCAUUAAGUCUUGGGACCUUCACAUGUUGGCCUCUGUGUCCCGACAUGUGGAAAUUUGAAAACCCUCUGACCGCCUUGCAUCAUUGAUGGGUUUCCUGUCAGGUCUGGGCCCCCAAUAGCUGAUUCACCUGUGAUUAUAGAGGUUGAAGUGUACAUUGCUCCAUAAGUGUCUUGAUGAUUACCUUUGGGGCACCUUCAGAAAUGUGGGGAAAAACAUAGCUUGACCUCAUAGGGAUUGUAGAACAUAGGACCUCCCCUUUUUCUUUUGAUUGCGGUCGAAAGGCUUGGGGACAAUCCAGCACAAUAAACGGAAAAAUCAAAAUCA